AUGCUGGCAUCUACUCCUAAUGUAGCUGCGAUCUCAAGAGCACUUCACGUACUUCCUACGUUACGGGCAGGUGGCAGUGGCAGUUCGAGGUGUAUAUCGUCCAGAGCCAAUGUUAUUUUCAAGGAUGCGAAGUCCGUAGAAUUUCUUGCUGCUGUUGGUGAUAAAGAAUCUCUUUCUUUGCUAGAUGGGCUUCCUGAGGUAGUUGUAACAGGUCGAGCAAAUGUUGGAAAAUCAUCCUUGCUUAAUUCUGUGAUCGGGCGUAGAGAUCUUCUUUUCACCAGCAAAAAAGCUGGCCGAACACAAACACUCAACUUUUUCCGUGUUGGAUCUCCCCCUGGUCGCUUGGUCGUCGUCGACUCUCCGGGAUAUGGUGCCAGGGGCCGACCCGAGUGGGGUGCCCUUUUCAACCAUUAUCUAGAAACUCGGAAGCAGUUAUGCCGCGUCUUUAUCUUGAUAUCCGCUGCCCAUGGUAUGAGUGCUACGGACGAGGCAAUGCUUUCUUCGUUGAAUGCUCAAAUCCAGUCGCUCGACGGCACCUGCUGGACACUUCAAGCAAUCAUUACUAGGGCCGACGCACUGAAAACAAACGGUCGCGCUCAAAUGAAUCAGAUCGAGCAAGAUAUCUUUCGCAUUGCCCCAACAUGCUUACCCCCUAUCAUCACCUCAUGUCCGUCCAAGGGAAUUGCUUUUGGCAUCGAUGAAGUUAGGAAGUCGAUUUCUCAUGCAUGUGGAAUUCUCCCAUAG